ACAGUCAAAAACAAAAAUAUGGAAAACAUCACCAUCUUUCAACUCUGCCCCUUCGCUACUCCUAUAAAUACAUUGUUGAAGUGAAACAAGGUUUGCUAAACCAGUGGGUCGAUCCCUUCUUUUUCGAGAAACCUCGAAACCAAACCGUUCCCACGCUUUUCAUUCCUUCUCUCACUCUCUCUCUCUAACUCAACUUUCUCUCUCUAAAAUGGCCGCAGCUUCUAGAAAAUCAAGCGGACCAGUCCUCAGGACACUCUCGCCGGCUGCCAGAUUUCGCAAUUCCCGGCCACCGCCGCCGCCGCCGUCCUAUUCCUCCACCGCCUUUGCCUCAUCCACUUCAACUUUCUCCGCACGCUCCACCACUUUCUUCAACCGCUCCGCAUCUCCCACACGUGUCAAUCUCUCCGGUUCUUCCACGGUUCCCUCUGUCCGGUUCGGUGCGAUUUCCCCGAACCGUUCCAUCUCCGUCGCCGGUGCCGGCCAGGCGGUCAAGAGGCAGAGCCACCACCAGAAGCGGACCUGCAUGUGCUCGCCGACGACGCAUCCCGGCUCGUUCCGGUGCAGCCUCCACAAGGCUCCGCCGCCGUCGCCGCCGCAGUACGCGUCGAACCGGCUCAACGCGCGGCGGUCGGCGAUGACGAACUCGCUCGUGAGAAUCCGCGGCGUGGAAGGCGACCUCGUGAAGAGAGCCUUGGCGGCGCUGAUCCGGCCGUCAUCGCACCAGCAGCGCCGCCGCGGCGACUUCCGGCCGCGGCCGAGCAGGCUCUCCUCCAUGUCUAAAGCGGAAGAAAAUUCGUGACUAUGAAUUAUUCACUUUUGCGAAUCAGCGAUUGAGAUUUGUUUUCUUUUUUUUGUUACUUCCACAACCUAGAUCCGAUAUCCGAUAGAAGAUUGUGGAUAUGCAUCGAUCUUUUGUGUGUAUAUAUAGUUUAGAAUUAGAAUUAGAAUAGAAAUGAAAUAGUCCGUGGCUGCCAUUGAUGGCGAUGCUUCAAGUUCUGUUCCUAAUUUCAUCAAAACAAUUUUGUUUAUUAAUUAAAAAUUAUUGUAUAUAAUUAUUAACUACUCUUCGCUCCA